AUGGAUGAGAAAUCCGUUUUGAGAAAUCGCGAGAGGAGCUUCUACAAGCUUGAUCUCACCAAGAAUCUCCCUCCAGGAACCGAUAGCAUAAGUCAAUUUGAAGCGCAUCCACGACAACCAAGGCCACCGGCAGAACCCAGAAGGCCGGUCCCAGAAUGGCCACCGGAGGCAGAGAGGAAAGGGAAGUGGAUAUCGGCGUAUCUUGACCAGCUCGACCCAGAAACCGAGUACGACCGCAUCAUCCAGACCUCGACCUUCUUCACCGGCUCCAGCUUCGCCAUCGCCAUGGGCUACACCUCGACCCUCAUCCUCUUGACGCAGACGCCGGCGGGCGCCUCAGCAGUCCACAGCACGGGCAAGCUCUUCCGCCGCGGCCAUCAGCGCUUCUACGAGACGCAGGACCGGCUCCUCGACUGGAUGUGGUACGGUAGCGCCUCCCCGCAGGCCGUCGAGGGCAUCGAGAGGGUCAAUAAGAUACACGCCGGUGUGUGGAAGAAUGCGCCGGGGACGUUCAGCCACCCCUGGGAGGGCCAGAUGUCACUCAUCGGGUCGGCGUACUUUGAGACGUACCUGAGGGACCUCGUCGGGGCGAGGGUCGGGGACAUACACCCCAAGCUGGCGGCGGCGUGGCCGGCGUGGGCCGAGAGGGCGUGUGCGCACUUUCGGUCGGAGCCAGAGGACGGGUCGAGGAGCUUUGGGGUGAAUUUCCCGAGGGACUGGAAGGAACUUGAGGCUUUUCACAAGUGGUAUCGGGAGCUGCCGUUUGAUAAGUAUCUCCAAUGGUUCGGCCGACAGCUGUUCCUCACCAUCGUACCACCCAAGGUCCGAGAACAACAGCGCAUCGGGCACCCUAACCCUUUGGUAGCCAAGCUUGCCAAACUUCUCCUCAAGAUACAAAUCGACCUGGCUGACAUCAUGCCGGACCCCGCGAGGCCCAUCUUGAGGGACGAGUACCAUACGAUCAAGAGUUGGGAAUGGUACAAGAUAGAUGCUCAAGUGGUUGAGAAGCGGAGAAAGCAGGCGUCGCUGAUCAGGACCUUACUCCUGGGGGUGCUACUGAUACUUCUUGCGAUUGUCCUUAUGAGGGGCUGGGCAGUGGGAGGGAUUGAAGUUGAGGAGAUGUCGAGAUGGCGCAUACACACGUGUGUAGUUGAGAUAAAGAAGGGCCAUCCCGCACCCUCCUUCGGAAGUGUAGCCGCGAGUAUCCGUAUCAGCAGCGGGUUCCAAGCCGAAAAGAUUGCGGUCGGCGUUGCUGUCGCUGGCAUGCUGCCCACGACGAACGCGUGGGUGUGCGACGGUGCGUGGGUGGGCACGGAUUGCCUUUCGGGGAUAGCCCGGGAUGGAGACCGACACUACCCCGUGGAGAAAGAUCUACCUCUUUGUCGGCCUUUACCCCGGAUUUUCCAACUUGUCGAUAAAUUUCCAAGUUCCUUUUCUUCCCUUCGUCCGGAACAACGACAACAAUCGCAACGAACAGCAGGCAACAUGGGCUUGAAGGGUGACGAUAUCGCGAAGCACAACAGUGCCGACUCUUGCUGGGUCAUUGUUCACGGCAAAGCUUACGAUGUGACGGACUUCUUGCCUGAGCACCCCGGUGGCUCAAAAAUCAUCCUCAAGUACGCCGGCAAAGAUGCGACGGAAGAGUUCGACCCCAUCCACCCGCCCGACACCCUCGACAAGUACCUCGAGCAGUCCAAGCAUCUUGGCCCCGUCGACAUGACCUCUGUAGUGGCUGAGGAGAAGGAAGAGGAUCCCGAAGAGAUUGAGCGCUUGGAGAGGGUUGAGCAGAAGCCACUGUUGUCCCAAUGUUACAACCUGAUGGAUUUCGAGGCCGUAGCGCGCAGAGUCAUGAAGAAGACGGCUUGGGGAUACUACUCGAGUGCAGCCGACGACGAAAUCACAUUGCGCGAAAACCAUGGUGCCUUCCACAGAAUCUGGUUUCGGCCGCAGAUUCUUGUCGACGUCGAAAAGGUAGACUUCACCACCACCAUGCUCGGCGCAAAGGUCGACAUGCCCUUCUACGUCACCGCCACCGCCCUCGGCAAGCUGGGCCACCCCGAGGGCGAGGUCCUCCUCACCCGCGCCUCCCGCAAGCACAACGUCAUCCAAAUGAUCCCGACGUUGGCCUCGUGCUCCUUUGACGAGCUCAUGGACGCCGCCGAGGGCGACCAGGUGCAGUGGAUGCAGCUCUACGUCAACAAGGACCGCGAGAUCACAAAGAAGAUUGUGCAGCACGCCGAGGCGCGCGGCUGCAAGGGCCUCUUCAUCACCGUCGACGCGCCACAGCUGGGUCGUCGCGAGAAGGAUAUGCGGUCCAAGUUCACCGACCCGGGCGCCAACGUGCAGUCGGGCCAGGCGACGGAUCAGAGCCAGGGUGCUGCUCGCGCCAUUUCGUCUUUUAUCGACCCGGCCCUGUCGUGGAAGGAUAUCCCCUGGUUCAAGUCCAUCACCAACAUGCCCAUCAUCCUGAAGGGUGUGCAGCGUGUUGAGGACGUCAUCAAGGCUAUCGAGGCCGGUGUCCAGGGUGUUGUGCUCUCCAACCACGGUGGUCGCCAGCUCGACUUUGCCCGGUCCGGCAUUGAGGUCCUCGCCGAGACGAUGCCGGUGCUUCGCCGCAUGGGCUUGGAGAACGCGAUUGAGAUCUACAUUGACGGCGGUGUCCGUCGUGCUACCGAUAUAAUCAAGGCGCUGUGCCUCGGUGCCAAGGGUGUCGGUAUCGGCAGACCUUUCCUGUACGCCAUGGCCGGCUACGGCUUCGACGGUGCCGAUCGCGCUAUGCAGCUGCUCCGCGACGAGAUGGAGAUGAACAUGCGUCUUAUUGGUUGCACGAGCAUCGAUCAGCUCAACCCGUCGCUUAUCGAUACGCGGAGUCUGUUCAACCACGGAUCUACGCCGUCUGACAACCUUAUGGGUGCUGUGUACGACCCGUUGGCGACGCCGGUUCAGAGACCCAAGGCGCCCAAGCCGUCAAAGUUGUAG